AUGCUCGGAUCAAGAGCAAGAUUCGAGAAAGCCAUGGCAGCAAGACAACCGGGUUUAGUCAAUGAGACAAGAGUCGGACAGGCGUUCAGUGUCAAAGGACAAAGUGCUAUAAUCACAGGAGCUGGUUCAGGUAUUAACUUUUCUUUUGCAGCUCUGCUUCUCAGCCAUGGCUGCUCUGUCCUCAUAGCCGAUCUUUCACUUCGACCCGAAGCGGAGAAGUUGGUUCAAGAAUACAGUACCAAAGAACAGGAUAAACCACGAGCUGUCUUUCAGAAAACCGAUGUGACGGACUGGCCGCAGUUGAAGCGCAUGUUUGAGGUCGGCGUCCAAGAGUUCGGAAAGAUCGAUAUCGUGUGUCCAGGGGCAGGCGUCUACGAACCCCAUUGGAGUAACUUCUGGCAUCCUCCAGGCGUUGCCGGCAGCGCAAGUAGAGACCAGGUCGACGGAGGACGAUAUGCAAGUAUCGACAUCAAUAUUACCCACCCGAUCCGUACGACGCAGCUCGCCAUCUCACACUUUCUUAACCCACCUCCCGGCGUAGAGAAAGUGAGUGCGCAAAAUCCAAAGAGAGUCGUCAUCAUCUCCAGCAUUGCCGGCCAAAAUCCCAAUUUGCAUGCGCCCAUCUACACGGCCGCUAAGCACGCCAUGAACGGCUUUGUACGCUCCUUAGGAACGCUCGAGGCAGAAAUGGGACUUCGCGUCAACGGCGUGGCACCUGGCGUCAUCAAAACACCCCUGUGGACCGAACAUCCAGAAAAAAUGACGUUCAUCGAUGAGACCAAGGACGCGUGGGCAACGCCCGAGGAAGUGGCCGAAGCCAUGUUGCGAUUGUUAGAAGAAACUGAGCUGGGCGGAGGCAAGAUCCUUGAGAAUGAUCCGGGACCGAGUGGAGCAGGGCAUACAGUUAGCAAUCUUCAGGAGCAGUAUAGCGAGGUGUAUGGGUGGCUGCAGCAAGAUGGAUGGGGUGGGGGGAUUGGCAAGUCGAAGUUGUAA